UAAUUAAAUGGAGAGAUUUAAUGCUUUUAAAAUCAAAUGGGGCCAAAUAUGUAAAAGAACUUUUUUAGGGAUAUCUCACAAGAUUGAAACUAAAGUUAGCUUGAUAUUUUUUACAUUAUUUGAUUAUACUUCAAAAAAAAAAAAAAAAAAAAAAAAAAGAAAAAAAAAGAACGAAUUACGGAAUUAUAGUUAUAAUACUGAUUUACUGUACAAGGAGCAAUUCGGAAACAAAAACGUAGAUCCGUCCUCCUCUUCCUCUCAUUCUAUUGUUGGAUACAUAGUUAUGGCGGCCGCCCCUCCUGCACUGCCUCAAGGACGGGCCUGUGUGCUCUUCGCUCAAACCUUCGUUCACCCUCAAUUAGACGAAUAUGUUGACGAGGUCAUGUUUGCUGAACCUAUUGUGAUUACUGCCUGCGAGUUUUUGGAGCAAAAUGCAUCGUCGGCUUCGUCUGCCGUCUCCCUUCUGGGGGCUACUUUACCUCCUUCAUUUGCUUUGGAAGUAUUUGUUCAAUGUGAAGGGGAAGCGAGAUUCAGGCGUCUUUGCCAACCAUUUCUAUAUUCACACUCAUCAUCGAAUGUACUUGAAGUUGAGGCUGUGGUGACUAAUCAUUUGGUUGUGAGGGGCAGUUAUCGGAGUCUAAGCUUGGUUGUAUAUGGAAACACAGCUGAAGAUCUUGGGCAAUUUAAUGUUGACUUUGACUUGGACAACUCUGUUGCGAAUCUUGUUUCUUCUUCUGAGGCGAAGCUUGAGGACCUGCCACCUCUAUUACAUUCUAGAAAUCCUAAAUUUGAGGAUGCAAUUUCCUCUCUGCAGGCCUUGUCUUCAAUACUUCCAGCAUUAGAUAUUUCUGUAGAGAUGCGGCAAUUUUUGCAACUUAUAUAUAAGGUACUGGAUAUACCAAAUUUUGGUGAUAUUAGUCAGAAGGUCAUGGCUAUAAUUACUUCAACAGCUGCAUCUUUCUUCACAAAUGAUUUGGUUAGUGCUGGAAUCAUACUGCAAGAGUUAAAUUUGGGAGCAUUAGCAAAUGCGAAAGAAUCUUUUCAUGUUUUCACUGAGGCUCAGAGGAAUCUUUUCAAUCUUUGUAAAAGAUAUGUUGAAGCAGGUCAUGUAUAUGGAGAUUUUUUGGUAGAGUGCAGUUUUCUAGAGUCUGAAGCUGAUUUAGCCACUUCUAAAGAGUUGGUGGAUAUGUUGUUCCAGCAUUUCCCAUUUAAUAGGGAUAUUGCAUUUGUUGGACAUCCUCAUUUAUCGCAGAGUAAUAAUGUACUUCUUUGGUUGAGUUUAUCUCUGAUUCUAUGCUCGGGAAAGGAAAGUUGUUUUCAUUAUGUAAAUGGUGGAGGAAUGGAGCAGCUUGCACAUUUUCUUAGCUCGGAAAUGCAAAAUAGUGCGACUGUAACAUUGAUGCUUCUUGGGGCUGUUGAACAAGCUACUCGAUACUCUGUUGGGUGUGAAGGUUUCUUAGGUUGGUGGCCUCGUGAAGGUGAAAAUGUUCCAUCUGGUGUUAGUGAGGGAUAUAGCCAACUGUUAAAGUUAGUAAUGCAAAAACAACGGCAUGAUAUCGCUGGAUUGGCGACUUAUAUCCUUCAGCGGUUGCGUUUCUAUGAAGUUGCUUCAAGAUAUGAGUAUGCAGUGUUAUCCAUAUUGGGAGGACUCUCAGGUGAUGGUAAUGCUACACCGACGACUUUAAGCCUGUUAAUGAACGCCAAGUUACAGCUAAGGAAGCUCUUGAAAAUGAUUAAUUCAUCUGGUUGGGUUGAGGAUCCUUCUCCUACAGCCUGUGCCAUCCGUUCAUUAAUGGUGGCAGCACCUGAAGGUUUACUGUCUUUCAAAGCAUCUAGCAAACUUAUCGCCUCAUCAAGUUGUCGUUUUCUGCAUCAGAAAGUUGAUGCAAAGUUGCUCUCACUUUUGAAGGAGAGGGGGUUUCUUCCCUUGUCAGUUGCAAUAAUAUCGUCAAUAGAGUUGCGGGCUGAAAGAGGACAUGAUCUCGAAGCUUUUUUGGAUGUGACAUCUUCUAUUGAAGCCACAAUUCUUUCGCUUAUGUUUUGCCGUUCAGGUCUUGUCUUCCUAUUGCAGCAUCCUGAUCUUUCCUCGACAAUCAUUCGUGCAUUUAAAGGGGACGACGAUGUGAAUAAAUUUAUUCCUCUCCGAUAUGCAUUUGCUUUGGUAUCAAAGGGGUUCUUUGUCCAUCUGCAAGAGGUUGGAAUAAACCUUGAGAUGCAUCUGAGGGUGGUUUAUGCCGUUGAUCGCUUGCUUACAUCAACGCCACGUUCAGAGGAACUUCUUUGGGUGCUGUGGGAGCUUUGUGGUCUAUCCAGGUCUGAUGGUGGGCGUCAAGCAUUAUUGGCUCUCACACACUUUCCAGAGGCUUUUACUAUUUUGAUCGAAGCACUGCAUUCUGCCAAGGAGUUGGAAACAGUUUCUUUGUCCUGUGGCACACCUUUGAAUCUUGCUAUCUUUCAUGCUUCUGCUGAGAUAUGUGAGAUCAUUGUUACGGAUCCAACUACAUCUUCAGUGAGUGUUUGGAUCGACCAUGCAACUGAUCUCCAUAAAGCUUUGCAUUCUUCUUCUCCUGGGUCUAAUAGAAAAGAUGCCCCUAGUAGGCUCUUGGAGUGGAUAGAUGCUGGGGUUGUUUACCAUAAAAAUGGGGCUGUUGGUCUUCUACGGUAUGCAGCUGUUUUGGCUUCAGGGGGUGAUGCUAAAAUAACUUCUACAAACAUUCUGGUCUCAGACUCAAUGGAUGUGGAGGAUGUCGUUGGAGAUACUUCUAAUGAAUCCGAUGUCAAUGUUGUUGAAAGUCUGCUUGGGAAACUUGUUUCUGACAAGUCGUUUGAUGGGGUUGUGCUUCGUGAUUCGUCAGUGGCUCAGUUAAUCACAGCAAUUAGGAUUUUGGCAUUCAUUUCUGAGAAUGCGGAUGUUGCUACUUCACUGUUUGAUGAAGGUGCUAUGACGGUUGUCUAUAUAAUCCUUGUCAACUCCAGAUUGAUGCUUGAAAAAUCCUCCAAUAAUUAUGAUUAUCUUGUUGAUGAUGGCGUAGAGUGCAGUUCUACAUCUGAUCUAUUGCUGGAGCGUAACCGAGAGAAGUACCUGAUUGAUCUCUUAAUUCAUUCGCUUCUACUACUUAUAGAGCUUCUGCAAAGAUUAAAGGAAGCAAAAGAGCAGCAUAGAAACACCAAACUAAUGAAUGUCCUUCUCCGGCUGCACCGUGAGUUUAGCCCCAAAUUAGCGGCUUGUUCUGUGGAUCUAUCCUCAUCUUAUCCUGAAUCUGCACUUGGUUUAGAAACAGUUUGCCAUCUAAUUGUGUCAGCUCUUGCUUGCUGGCCUGCACAUGCUUGGGCUCCGGGUCUUUUCCACACGCUUCUUGAUAGUGUUCAGGCAGCUUCAUUGCUGACAUUGGGUCCGAAGGAAACUUUCAGCAUGCUGUAUUUAUUGAUUGAUCUCUUUCCUGACGAGGGUAUCUGGCAUUGGAAGAAUGGUAUGCCCUUGCUAACAGCUGCCCGAUCGUUGGCUGUUGGGACACUGUUAGGACCUUUAAAGGAGACGAAAGUGAACUGGUACCUAGAGCACCCAUAUGUUGAGGUUCUUCUUGGGCAAUUAAGUCCGCACCUGGACAAAAUUGCACAAGUUGUCCUUCAUUAUGCUGUUAGCUCGUUGGUUGUGGUACAAGAUAUGCUUCGUAUACUCAUUCUUCGUAUUGCACGUCAAAGGACAGAAUUUGCAAUGUUACUUCUGCAGCCUAUUAUUUCUUGGAUUCAGAAUCACUUGAUUGGAAGUUCACUUCUGGAUGAGAUAGAUGCAUACAAGGGGUACAAGUUGUUAGAUUUUCUUUCUCUCUUGCUUGAACAUCCACUUGCUAAGUCAUUGCUACUGAAAGAAGGUUCUCUUCAGAUUAUGACAAAAGUACUUGGAAAAAUUGAUGCUCAUGUGAAGUCUGUUUCAAGUGGAAGAAGCUCACUAGAUUCUGGAUUCAGUAUCUAUAAUUGCUGCCUCCCAGUGCUGAAGUCCUUGUCUUUAAUAUGUGAAACUCGAUUUGCUCAAAAGCUACACCGUUUGUCGAAUAGCAAUGAGACCCUGAGUACUGAAGAUUCUGCUGUAAUCUUUAGCUAUGUGUUAAGACUCUGUCAGCAUCUACCAGCUGGUAGUGAAUUGCUCGCUUGUUUAGCCACUUUCAAAGAACUAGCCUCUCAUGCGGAAGGUCAGAGUGCUUUGCUCGAUAUCUUCCUUUUUAUCAGAUCCAGUAAUGACAGCGAAAUCCAAUCAGGAAGAUCACAGGAAAGUCAUGAGUUUUAUAAUCGCAUAAUUGAUGCUGAAUGGAAGAAAUGUCCUCUGCUACGGUGCUGGAUUAAUUUAUACCGAUCAAUUGAGAAUGAGGGUCUAUCCACCUAUUCCGUAGAAGCUAUUGGUCUGCUGUCAAAUGGUGUAUUGAGAUUUUGUAUGACUGGGAAAAGUUUCAACAAGGAUAGAAUUGAUGUCAUGAAGUACUUCUUUGGGCUUUCGAGUGAUGUUGAUGGAACAACUGGUGUUCCAGAAGAAAACAUGAACUAUGUCCAGGAUAUGUCUUCUCUGUUGAGUUCAAAGAUAACUUUUGAUGAAUAUGCGGGUUCAUCACAUCUGAAGGCAAUCUUGCAUCAGGUUGUGGAAUCUGCAAAAUGCAUUUCUUUAGUACUGCUGAAACCUAUUGAUUCACUUAAUGAGGAUGAUGCUAUCUCUGAGGAAGUUCUCUUGUUGUCAUCUGAUGUUAAACUGUCUUCAAAGAUACAUUUGCUAACAGAUAGCAGUUCAGAAAGGGUUGAAAAUGAAUGGAACUUUGGAGAGUUUGGUAAUAAAUUCCAAUGGGAGUGCUCUGAAAAUUUGCGCAAUAGAUUGUCGCAGGCUAGUCUUCUUGGCAAGAGAAAAAUAUCAGCUGUGGAUGGAGCCAACAGACAUGGAAAAGGAGAAAAUGCUCCAGCCGAUGUACGCGGAUCUGGGCCAUCUGUGGUACCUUCUAUUCCAACUCGGAGAGACACCUUUCGACAACGCAAGCCAAAUACAAGCAGGCCCCCGUCUAUGCACGUGGAUGACUAUGUUGCCAGAGAAAGAAAUGAGAGUUCAAAUCCCAAUAUUAUUGCAGUUCCACGUCUGGGGUCAUCUGGUGGGCGGCCUCCAUCUAUUCAUGUUGAUGAAUUCAUGGCAAGGCAGAGGGAGCGUCAAAAUGCUGUUCCCAUAGCAGGUGUAGAGGCUGCAUCUCAAGGGAAAAAGGCUAUGCCUGAGUCUGAUAAUGAUAUGGAGAAGUCGAGCCGAUCUAAGCAGCUCAAAGUUGAUCUUGAUGAUGAUCUUCAAGGAAUUGAUAUAGUGUUUGAUGCUGAGGAAAAUGAACCUGAUGAUAAACUGCCUUUUCCUCAAGCAGAUGAUGACAUACAGCAGACUGCAUCUGCUUCAGCAGAGCAAAGUCCUCAACAUUCAAUUGUUGAAGAAUCAGAGAGUGAAGCCAAGGACCUGGAAGCAACUGUGGCCUCAAAUGCAGUUGAGAAUACACAAAGUGAACUUUCCUCUAGAAUGUCAGUAUCACGUCCUGGGAUUCAAUUGAGACGUGAACCCAGUGUUUCUUCAGAAAAGAAAUAUUUUGAGCAACCAGAUGAGAUGAAGAACAAAAAUACAGCUAUGAUUUCUGUUGGCUUUGAUUCAGUUGCAGGAGCAAAGACUUCUGGAUUCUCCGCCUUGGUAUAUGGCAAAGGCUCUCCAUCAAGGAUUCAGGUACCAGCUGAUUCAAGGGUGCCACCUCCCAGUUUUAUUCCUGAUAAUAAUCUUCAAAGGGUUGGGAAUGUGUCGGGUGGAAGAUCACAAAGUCUCCAUGAGCAGAAACAUUUGCCAACUCAGCCACCAUUACCUCCAACACCACCUCCAUCAACAAUUUCGCCUUUAAGAUCACAGGUCUCUGAAAACCCAGCCUCCAGAUCUCCAUUCGUGAAUCCUCACAAUGAUGUGCAGCCGCCUCUGUAUCCAAAUUAUGCACAGAAUGAUUACCACUCUUCUUUUGGCAAUGUCCCCACAUCAUUAGGAUCUUCCAGCUUCAUAUCGGAUUCACGCUAUGCACGGACCACUCACCCUUCCCCUGGGAGCUCUAAUAGACCUAUGCCACCGCUUCCUCCUACACCCCCUCCUUUCUCAGCUACUCCAUUGAAUGUUCCAUCCAGGUCUCCUACAUCCCAAUCCUCGAUGUAUAUUCAAAAUAAUGCAGGAACUGAUGCUUCUCAGUAUGCUUCUCCGCCUAUUCCCCCGGGUUUUGGCAGGCCACCUUCAAUUCCAUUUACUAUGCACGGGAAUAUUGCUAUUCAACAAAGUGAUAAUAUAACUGGCAUAACUCAGAAUAGCCAUGCCCCACAAUCCUCAAUGCAAUCUAUGCAACCGCUUUCCCACUUGCAACCCUUACAACCUCCUCAACUGCCUUGCCCUCAGCAACCUCAGCAACUACGACUUCCAAUCCAAACUUCGGGACAUACAGAGCAAAGUAGUUCCAUGUCACAGAGCCAUAUUCAGAUGCAGGUUCAGCCUCAGCAAAUUCUGCAACAAUCUCAAAUAUCUUCAUAUCAUUUGUAUUAUCAAACCCAAUUGCAAGAGAACAUGCCAUAUCCACAGCAACAACCACAAGCAGCACAUCACAUGUCAGAUGCUGCCGCCCAGCAGCAUAUGGACUCCUCAAUGUCACUGCAACAAUAUUUCAGUUCUCCUGAGGCAAUUCAGUCUUUGUUGAGUGAUCGUGAUAAGCUUUGCCAACUUCUAGAGCAACACCCAAAGUUGAUGCAGAUGCUUCAGGAUCAACUUGGGCAUCUCUAAACUUUAACCUGAGGCAGUGAAUGAUCAUUUUCUUGCAUCUGCCCUUAUUAUAUGCACAUAUUUUGUGUCUGCACUCUGUAUGUUAGAUACGAAAUAUGCAUAACUAUCAAUGUGUCAGGGUUACACUCAUUUUUGUAUCAAUGUCUACAAAUUGUUUGUACAAUUGUUCAUUGUAAUUUGUUGAUAAAUUAGUGCUUUUAUUGGCAUUCCAUAU